CUAGCUUGAGUUUAUUCCAUUCUUCCAUUUCUAUCGUUCAUAUUCCUUCAUUUGUGUGUACUUUGACUAUCAUUCACUAUGCAUCGUUCAACGAUUUUCGCCCUCCUGUCAUCCGUGGCGUUGGCUACUCCUCAUCAUCCCUACCGCCAAACGAACAAGUCCUGUCCCGUCAUCUUUGACGGUCGCAUUCCCUCGACAGCCUCCCUUACCGACUUCGACACAGCCAAUGGGGGCGACUGGAACCCUUUCAACCCCGGCUACGUCAAGGGAAACGACCUUGCAUGGUCUGACAUACUCCUCUUCCCCGAGUCGGCUCCACUAUCGCGCUUCGAUGCUGCUACUGGCUCUAUCCCGGUCGAGGUGACAAUUAGUGACAAAAGCAUCUUCCAGAAGCAGAAUGGCUUCAGGCGUGCGGGGCUGCAGUUCAGCGAGGACAACAACGAGGACAGCCCUGGCUCGGAAGGUGUUGUAACUCUUCAUUUUAGCACGCUGCAAGACGAGAGCCGGCCUCUCAACUUGACUCAUGAGUACUUGAACGUCUGGCACGAGGCGGCAGACUACUCUGCCAACCAGUUCAACUUUGAGGCCGGUACCUUGAUUGGUCAAGAGAGUCUACCCAAAGACACCUACAAACUCCUCGACCGAAAUAAUAAGGAGAUCUGGUCCACGCCUAUUCUGGCUGGCGUGUGGCAGAACUUUGCCAUUACUCUUGACUUUGACAACAACACGAUCCGGGCCUGGUACUCGGCUGGCAAUAAGCCUCUUCGGCCGGCGACUAAGCCUAUCGCAAACGACAACUCGGGUCGGGGACAAUACCAGAUUGGCAUCCUGAAGAAACCUACCGGCACUGACGACGUGGUUAACUCGGGUUACCAAGAGAGCGGAUUGGACGAGGGUUUGAUCUACAGCGGGAUCUUCAUCGAGAACAGCAGCAAUGGCUGUAUCUCUAGAUAACUUGGAAAAUUAGUAUAGUGCCUUCAGGACCUAUUAUAGGGGCAACAAUAGACUCGCUGAGCGGAUCAAUAUUACCGAGGGUGAUAGGGUUAGACAUUGAUGUCUCGAGUCUAUCAUGUACCUCCAAACUAGAAAAUCACUCUCCAUUACCUCG